AACUUGCAGAGAAAUUGGAGGUCUUUUAGAGAGUUUGAUCAAAUUCAUCUUCAUCAAUCAAUCAAUCAAUCCACCGAUGGCACUGAAGAUCCAUGGAAUUCCCAUGUCAACCUGUACCGCGCGUGUGCUAACAUGUCUACACGAGAAGGGCUUAGAGUUUGAGCUCGCCCCUGUCAAUCUCUCCGUCGGCGAGCACAAGCAAACUCCUUUCCUCUCUAAGAAUCCAUUUGGUCAGAUUCCAGUACUGGAAGAUGGUGAUCUGACGCUAUUCGAAUCAAGAGCAAUAACGAUGUAUGUGUCGAAGAAGUACAAGGAGAAGGGUGAGGAUCUGUUGAGGCUGAAAGGAGAUGAUUUGAAGGAACAGGCGAUGGUAGGUGUGUGGGUAGAGGUGGAAUCACAGCAAUACUCCCCUGCCAUUACCCCAAUCAUCUCUGAGUACUUCUUGGCUCCAAUGCACGGCAAGACACCAGAUGAGAAGGUGAUUGAGGCUGGGGUGGAGAAGUUUGGGAAGGUAUUGGAUGUGUAUGAAACAAGGCUGUGUCAGAGCAAGUACUUGGCCGGCGACUUCUACAGUCUUGCCGAUCUGCACCAUCUCUCUUAUACCCAUUACUUCAUGAAGACUCCAUGGGCAUCACUCAUCAACUCCCGUCCUCAUGUCAAGGCUUGGUGGGAUAACAUCUCCUCUAGAUCUGCUUUUCAGAAGGUCUCUCAGGCCAUGACUUUUGGUGAUAAGAAAUAGAGAAAGAAAUAUAUACCAUUAUCAUCAUCAUCUUCAUCAUCUAUACUAGUAUACAACUAGUCUACUACUUCACUUGCAUCUCAAUUGUUAGCAUCAAUGAAAUAAGUGUUUCUUAUCUUUUUGUUUGUUUGAUUAUUGGUUAUGAUGAAUCUUAUAGGGAUUAAGUGAGAUGUUUGGAAGUUGUUGGAUCAAAUUUGUGUUUGGGUUUUUGCCUUUCCUUUGGUUGUCUUCACAAUCUAAGUUCUAUUCCAACUGCUCUUAUU